AUGAGUGCGGAUUUUAGUAUCUCGUCAGGCUGUGAAACCUGUAUUGGUUUCUUAGUAGGAGGCUCUCUUUUAGUCGCGGCUUUUCUGGGAACUGCUGGAAUUACGUUAGUGUGUCUUUAUUGUCGCAGAGAAAGAGGCACAAGUGGUUCUCAGGCUGACGAAGAAAAGUCUCCUCCUAUGAACCUUAACCAAUUACUACAUUUAUCCCGCCCCCCCUCUCCACAUACCUUUUCAAAUUAUUUACAUAACGAUCUUAUCGUCCAUCACCCUUUUAAUAAUACUGCAUUGACGACGUCCGAAUCUUUAAAUAUCGAUUCUUGGGAUAAAUAUAUUGCUUAUAUUACUAUGAUACCGGAACGACCGUGUUUGCAUUAUGAAAUUGAUGAAAACCGAGUAUCAUUGGUUACAAGCGAAUCAAAACCGCCUGCAUCCGUCAAAAAUGACAUUAAUGAUGACGAGAAAAUUGAUAAAGAUCGUACAAAAAUUUCGCAACAAUCUUAA